CAGGAAUGGAUGUCCUCUAGUCAAUGAGCCAAUGAGCGACAUCAGUAUUCCGCCACUGAAGCUGUUCCACGAUCUCGAUCUCUAUAUGGAGCAGCAACUAUCAUUCAAUCCCAACGACACGGUUGCAACAGCUAUACAUAGAUCGGAGCGUCACAAGGAGAUCGACCAAUGUCUUCGCAGCGCACUGCAGGCGUACACCUCCCGAUGGUUCCCACUGAUCCUUCAGAGAGAAAGCCAUGGGCAGUCACUGCCUUAUGAUGAGAUCAGCCGGGCGUGCUGGCGCACGGCAAGGAGAGACAUGCUCAAAGUCCUUAAUAGGCCCUCGUAUCGGUCCGUCUUGGCCUUGUAUCUUUUUGGUCAAAGCCCUGUACCCUUGGGUAUUUCCCAAGAAGAAGAACUUGACGGUAUCAGUGGGGUGUUGUGCAACCAAACGGCAUUUCUGCAAGUUCAACAACUCCGGGAGCGGUUGAGAAGUUGUCAGUUCAAUGGCUCAGAAGUGUCGGCUUGGUCGGACACGUCCACCGUCAAUGAUGUAUCUAGUUCCAGUCCCCACCUUACGGAAGAAUUUGUGAACCUUGAAAGCCGAGCGUACUGGGCCACAGUUACCUGGGAUACGUCAGACUCGAUGACUCUGAACUUCCGAUCGACGCUGUGCUCCGGCUUGAAAGGAGCGUGUGGCGAACCGGUGUGGCAGCUGACCAAGGCAUUUUUGACGAGUUCCUUCCACAAUCAAAGCGAAGAGUGGCGCAAGAAGGGGUUUAAAGUGUCCGGGGGUCUCGCUCCUCAAAUCAUAUCGGCGACCUCGAUCUGCGCCAUCUACACGUGGAGGACGAUUGCAAGCCUGAAAGAAGCACUGAGAGAGGGUGUUGGAGAGGCGACGGUCGACUUCGCGUGGGUAGCGCUGCUCGAUGCCAUCGAUAUAUUCCAGACGACGAUCCAGCCUCUGCUCAGCAACUGCGAAAGGCAGUUACAUUUUCUGAGCCAGGUUGAUCGGUUCAACUGGUACGUGGUGGUGCUGCUGUACUACCUGGGGAUUCUGAUACUGGUCGAUGCCCUGGAAGCUGCCAAGCGGCCUGACCUGUUGCAGCAGCUGUCUGAAACAAGCCUCGGAGCGGAACAUGAAUGCUUCAAUGUGUUGAAGUUUGGUCUCGAAAGCACGUAUACAAUUGCCACUAACCAGAUUGAAUCGAGUCAAGCAUUCAAUUCGAGCUUGUCGACGUCGUCCCUGAUGAUCAGCUUUGUCGCCAUUGAUCCUUAUCCUCAUCAUGUCAUUGCAGCCAUUCGACUGAUGAAUAAGGCUUUCCUCCGACAGUGUCUGCAGGGCACGAUCGAAGAUGAGGCCUACGUUCAAGUGGCGUCGACAUUGUGCAAAGCACUGGACCAGCUUCCUCAGAACUCCAAAGCGGUGCAGUCGGCGCGGGAGAACAUGCAAGAAUCGAUGCACAGCUACGGUCACUCGUUGUGAUUACUUGAUUGACACUAAUGAGGAUGAUGUUUCGUUUGCAAU